AAGCACAUGUUUUUUUUUCUUUUCUGUUGUUUGUGUCAAGCUAUUAAAUUAAACGAUUCAAAGUUGAUUAUUUUUUGUUUUAUUUGCAACAAAUUCUCUAAAAAUCAUGGAUGUAGAUCAAAUUGUUGGUGAGCAACAAGUUAUCCAGAAAUUGGAACGAACUGGUGCUCAUUCACAUAUUCGUGGAUUAGGUUUGGAUGAUAAACUUGAACCAAUUCAAAAGUCUGAAGGAAUGGUCGGACAAAAUGCUGCACGUAAAGCUGCUGGUAUUGUUGUUAAAAUGAUCAAAGAAGGACGAAUAUCUGGACGUGCCAUUUUGAUUGCUGGACAACCGGGUACGGGAAAAACAGCUAUUGCAAUGGGCAUAGCUAAAUCAUUAUCACAAGAAACACCAUUUGUUUCAAUGUCAGCAUCUGAAUUGUUUUCAUUGGAUAUAUCCAAAUCUGAAUCAUUAAUGCAAGCAUUCCGUAAAGCUAUUUCUAUAAGUAUUAAAGAAGAAAGUGAUUUUCUUGAAGGUGAAGUUGUCGAAAUUCAAAUCGAUCGUUCAGCUGAUCAAUUGACACGUGUUGGAAAAUUGACAUUGAAAUCAACCGAUAUGGAAACUGUUUAUGAUUUGGGCCAAAAAAUGAUUGAUAAUUUAAUUAAGGAAAAAGUAACGGCUGGUGAUAUAAUCACCAUUAAUAAAUCGAAUGGUGUUGUGACUAAAAUGGGAAGAAAUUUCACUCGUAGCCAAGAUUAUGAUGCUAUUGGACCGAACACUAAAUUCAUUCAUUGUCCUGAAGGUGAAAUUCAGAAACGUAAAAUUGUUCGACAUUUUCUUAAUCUUCAUGAGAUUGAUGUUAUUAAUUCACGACAACAAGGAUUUAUGGCCCUAUUUUCGGGUGAUACUGGAGAAAUUAAAUCCGAAGAUCGUAUGAAAGUUAAUGCAAAAAUUUCUGAAUGGAAAGAUGAAGGAAAAGCUGAACUACAUCCAGGUGUAUUGUUCAUCGAUGAAGCACAUAUGUUGGAUGCUGAAUGUUUUUCAUUUCUAAAUCGAGCAUUAGAAUCAGAAUUUGCACCAAUAGUUAUAUUUGCCACUAAUCGUGGUAUAACAAAAAUACGUGGUACAACAUUCAAAUCACCACAUGGAUUUCCACCAGAUUUUCUUGAUCGUUUAAUCAUUAUUCGUACAAUACCGUAUUCAAAUGAAGAUAUUUCACAAAUAUUAAAGAUUCGUGCCGAAGAAGAACAGGUUAAUAUUCAUGAUGAUGCACAUCUUAUUCUUACAAAAAUGGCCACUGAAUCUAGUUUAAGAUAUUCUCUUCAAUUAAUAAUUACAUCGGAUAUUUUGGCUAAAAAACGAAAAUCCAAUCAGGUUGAAGUACAAGAUGUAAAAGAAGCAUAUGGACUUUUUAUGGAUUCAAAACGUUCCAAAGCAUUCAUUGAACAAUAUGAAAAAGAAUUUAAUUUUCUAUUGGAUGUAUCGACAACAACAAAUGGUGGUGGUGGACAAAAUAGUCAACAAACAUUGAUGGAAGGUAGUGAAAGCUCGAUGGAAAUUUAGAAUUCGCUCUGCCGCCCCCCCCCCAGCCAAAAAUAAUCAUCAUCAUCAUCAUCAUCAUCGUAUUUGGAAAUUUAA